AUGGAUUCCUACGCCCAGCGGUACCAGAUUAGCGGCCCGCCCGCUGCCAUCCAAUACCUCAAGACCUACCACUUCUAUCCCAAGGGUAACACGUGGCGGAGUACGGGCCUCUACGACGACCCUCUAGCCGACCCACUCGCCAACCAGGAUGGAGUGGUGCACAUGAGCGACCCUAACCACAUCGCCUUCUCGGCUUUCGUGCCCGCCGAGAGCGUCGAAGAGGACGCGGCGCAGAUGGCCCGGCACCUGCCGGCCAACACCACGCUUACCGUGCUCGGGUUCGACGCGGACAACUACGACGAUCCGGGCCAGAGUUUGACGCUGGAGGGCUCCACUGGCAUCUUGCUGGCCCGCGACAACCAAUUCCCAGCGCCCAUCAUCGCCAAGACCUACUUCCCCCAACUCUUUGAGGAACUGUCGCUCCAGGUGCGCGAGAGGAACGCUAUCAAGCACGCCAACGAGAUGGCCGGCAACCUGGCCCGCGACGGCCUCAUCCCCCGAAUCGACUCCAUAUCGGACGACGGAUUCGAUUGGUUCGUCGAACCAGCACCCUCCAUCAAGAGCAAGGCGCAGCAGAUCAAGGCCUAUACGCGCAUCGCGCGACUGCGCGAGUAUGAUCCCGACUCGUACCGAGUGCUGGGCGAGAGAGCCAAGUUGGCGCUGGACACCGCUUUAGCCGCUGCUGCUCUUGCGCCGAGGCAACCUCGAUACUAUUCCAACUCCGCCGACAUGUUCAAGUUCGUCGCCGCGCUCGCGCUGAUCCUGGCCUUGGCCGGCACCGCGGCGGCCGCCAUGCCCCCGAGCAACCUGACCUGCCCGCCGCCCACCUCCUACCCCAAGGGCAUGCUCGACAACCUGUGGUCGGCCACGGCGGGCUAUUACGGCUCCACCAACGUGACCGGCUACGUGCUAGUCAACACCGGCCGGUACAACUUUGUCCAGGCCAGCAACUUCACCGGCAUCUUCGUGCAGUAUUACUCGCGAGCCCUCGGCACCUACGUGGCCGAGUAUUACAUCGACCUCGGCGCCGGCACCGCCGUCAUGGUGCUCAACAUCACCUUCACCCUGCUGGCGCACGAGAAGAACGUCAACUACAACGAGUUCUGCCUCAACUACAACCCGGCGUCGGCCGUGACCGAGUACCAGCAGGGCAGCCAGAUGUCCGACCGCUUCUUCUACGGCACCUACUACGAGAAGUAUUCGGCCCGCAACCCCAACAACUACGGCACCAUCACGCGCUCCGAGUUCUUCAACUUUGACGCCACGGAGCGCUUCUCCUCGAACUGCCUCACGACUUUUGCCGGCCACGUCGUCACUGGCAUGAGUUGCUUUGAGUACGUCAAGGUGUCCAACAUCCCCUCGAUCAAGUCGGCGCCGGGUCCCCAUGGCGCCUUUGGCUCGCUCGAGGACAAGCAGGACACGCACGCCUUCCUCAAGAACUACCGCGAGGUGCGCCACAUCAGCGAGUUCAAGGAGACCUUUGAUGCCGGCAAGUUCAGGCUGCCCAUUAGCAUGUUGUAUGACGUGUCGCUCAAGCCCUACGUCAACGUCGCCGUUGUGGCCUAA